AUGCAACCCAAAAGCACCCUCUUCGGCGUCGCUCGACGCAUCCCGACACCCGUAGCGAUCAUCAUCGGCGUCUGCAUCGGUGCGCUCCUCGCGCGCACCUUCUCCUCCUCGUCCACGUCCUCGUCCACUUCCUGGCGAGGCAGCCACGCACCAUCCUACAAGUCCUCCUCCACCUCGCGCCCCUCCGUAUCGCUUCCGACGAUCGAGCAGCGUUAUCGCGUGCUCGAGCUUCUCACCUCCCUGUCUCCGCACUACACGCGCGAGUGCACCCGCAACGCAAACCCGCUCUAUGCUCAGCAGGCGCGUGAGCGCUACGCCCCCCUUAUCGGGCACAACCCCUCCCCGUCCUCCAACUGGCUCAUGGACCUCGGGCUCGGCGGGCUCGACCCCAUCCCGCACCCGAGCCAGGAAGAGGCGACGUACUACAAGCACCGGCGGGACCUCGCCGGCGGCGAGCACAAGUACUUCUUCGCCAUCAACCUGUACAACUCGUUCGACGUCAUCCCGGACCUCUUCGCGACGCUCUUCCGCGUCGCGUCGGUGCUCGGCUACCACAACGUGUUCGUGUCCAUCUACGAGAACGGCUCGACCGACCAGACCAAGGCGCUGCUCCGCAUCUUCGAUGCGCUCACGCGCAGCGUCGGCAUGCGCGUCACUAUCCGCACCUCGCAGCGCACGCGCGGCGCGUUCAACCACCGCAUCGAGUACCUCGCCGAGGUGCGCAACGCCGCGUUCGUGCCGCUGCACGAGCUGCGCGACACCGAGGGCGAGUACUUCGACACGAUCAUCUUCAUGAACGACAUCCUGCCCUGCAUCGACGACCUCCUCGAGCUCAUCUGGCAGAGCCGCCGGAACAACGCGGGCAUCACCUGCGCGGCGGACUACAUGUACCACGACGAGAUCGGCGCGCCCGUCUUCUACGAUAACUGGGUCGCGCGCGACAUCAACGGCACCGCGCUCGAGAACGCGCCGUUCGAGAGCAUCUUCCACCACGCGCCCUCCGCGGAGCGCUUCCAGCGACACCUCCCGAUCCAGGUACAGUCCUGCUGGAACGGCAUCGCCGUCCUCGACCCCGCGCCGUUCUACAGUCCGCCGCACGUCCGCUUCCGCAUGGCGCGCAUCGUCGACGGCGAGUGCUCCGCGUCCGAGUGCUCCCUCAUCUGCAACGACUACUGGGAGGCCGGCUACGGCCGCAUCCUCAUGGUCCCGCGCGUCAAGCUCGCCUACGACCGGAAAGUGUUCGAUAUCAUCCACCCCGCGCGCCGCAACCUGACCUCCAUCCGCGGGUACGUGCGCCUCGGCGGCUUGCCGGAUAACCCGCGCACGGACCCGCAGGACAGGUCGUGGUUCGGCCCCCACGAUCGGCUGUUCACCGAAGAGGAGGGCGACGCGGUGGACUUUGUCCCCGGACCCGAGCACGUGUGGUGCUGGGGCUGGGACGGCGCGGGCGACCUCGACGGGCCGGACGUGGACCCCAUCUGGGAGCGCAUGCCGAAAAAGUCGACGAACCCAAAGGCGGUCGAGGUCGUGCACGACCGGAGCUUCAAGGUGUCGCCGUGA